AUGGCGGUCAGGAUCAGCUGCGGCCUAGUUUUGUUGUUUGCGGUGAAGGCUCUAGUCCAGCCACCGGCAAAAUCCGAACAGGUGCAGGUAUUGGGAUGCUUCGGUGGCUCAAAGCCCAACUCGACGCGGUGCCAAGACGGCAAGUGCUUCUACAGAUGCGUCCACCCCAACUCCAACAGCACAGAGCUGGCUUGCAAGGAGCAAGAGACUCUGCACAUGGUGGGUGUCAGUGCCGGCGGCAUAAGCUGGGCGUGCCAAGACCUCAUUCGGCCAGAGUUGGAGUAUGAUCAUCUCUACUCCGACGUGGGCGACUUCGCAUGUCAGCUGAGUGCCGCCUGCCGCGUCGGUGAAGGAGGCACCGGCUGCUUCUUGGUCUCUCGGCUUCCAAAACGCCUCGAGUCCCUCCACGAGGACUUGCUCCAAAGUGCUCGCGAGUUCUUCUCGCUCCCGCCGGAUCAGAAGGAGCAGCUUGACUACCACCUUUCCCCUGAGUUCCGCGGCUUUAUGCGCCAGGGCGCAGAGAACACUGCGGGAGCUGUCGACGAGCGUGAGCAGAUAGAGUUCGGCAGGGAGGAGAGCCGACCGGUGAGGAGCCGAGAGGAGCCUCACACGCUGUACAACCGCUUGCGAGGACCGAACCUGUGGCCAGAGCAGCCAACGUCGCUGCGGCCGCUGAUGACCUCAUGGCUGGCUGAAAUGGAGGAGCUGUCGCGUCAGCUAACACGUGCACUGGCGGUGUCUCUAGGUUUGACGGAGACAGGUCUGGAUGCCUACUUCCGUGAGCCGCAUGUACAGGCAAAGUUGGUGCAUUAUCCGACUCCGGCCAAAGAUGCGGAAGGUGGUCUUCUCGGUGUUGGUCCGCAUAGUGACUCCGGCUUCCUCACGCUGCUGCUGCAGGAUUCCAGUGGAGGUCUCGACUUCCUUGAUGCCUCCGGAGGCUGGGUGGAAGCAACCCCUCAGCCAGCCUCCGUGGUUUGUAACCUCGGAGAGGUAGUUCAACUCAUCACGGGCGGCCGCUACCCAGCGACGGUCCACCGUGUGCGGAGACCUACCGUGGCGGGUCGCCUCUCGGCGCCCUUCUUUUGGAACCCCUCCUUAGAUGUGGAGGUGCAGCCUUUGGACCUGGCAGGGAAGGUGCCUUCCUUGACUGGAAGGCCAGAGGAGGCGCAGAACCGGAUGCUACAGCGGUGGCCUCGGUGA